UUCGUUUAUAGCAAUCUUUAAUUUAUAUAAUAACGUGUAAGUUGUUCAUCGCAAACUAUGUCUUCGUUUGAACCGUUCUUUAAUUAUUCACUGAAGAAGUACAAAUAUCGAGAUGAUACCAAGUCAGAUGUUCUUCUUGCAAUCAACACAUUUCCAGGAUUGAAACCGCAUUAUGAGGACUAUGUGUUCAUAGAUGGCAGCAAUAUGAUGCUCCUGCAACUGUAUGGAACGAUCCCUACGAAAUACAACGGUAUCGUGUACAACAUCCCAAUCAAGGUCUGUCUAAUGGACACACACCCCUGCAGUGCCCCAAUUGUGUUUGUAACACCAACCGCCACCAUGCAGAUCAACUCUGGGCGUUACGUUGACCAGAACGGGAAAGUCGACUUGCCAUAUCUUAGGGAAUGGAACUAUCCCAACUCUGAUCUGCUGGGGUUGCUACAGAUCCUAUCGAUCGUUUUCGGGGAGGAGCCUCCUCUCUAUGCCCGCCAGGAAGCGAUCAAUCAGCCACCACCUCCCGUCUACCCCCGCCCACAACCAACCAAUCAGACGCCGCCUCCAGUGCCUGCCCGCUCACAGCCUUCCAAGCUUACGCCCCCUCCAAGAUACCCCACCAAGAGGACACCCAACCCUCCUGCAGGAGGUAAAAGGCAAGCUCAACCGGCCCCUUGCUCUAUGUCAAAUAUUGAGGACCAGACUACAGACUCUUCAACCAUUGAUGAGGAACUUGAUGAACUUCAAAAGCUGCAAGGAUUACUGAGGUGUAAGAUUUGCAAGGUUCGGCGCGUGGCGUUGGCCUAUCAGCCUUGUGGCCACUGUGUCGCCUGUUUGGAAUGCGGCUCCAAUGUUCAGAGCUGCCCAACGUGUCCCGAUAAUGGAGCAAACACGCGAAGGACGGUCAAGAUACUUUUUGUACCAUAAACCCAACGGAUUCUGCAGUAUGCAGUGUGUUUACAUUUACAUGUAUGACAGCCGCAAGUUUACUAUCGAAGAUUAUGAUACUGUCGUCAUGUACUAGUUUGCUAAUGAGGACGAUUUUGUAAAACGUCGGAUCAGACUUUCCUUAUAAUCAUUAAAUCUCACGUUUCAGAGUUCUGGGACGUAUGUAAAUGUCGCAAAGCAAUACUGCAAAUUUGAAUGUACAUGGCUUGUAUCGUGUUGACAGCAAAUCUCUUCAGUUAAUUAUUUUUAUAUUUGGAUGAAAUAUGUGAGAAAAUAACGGCGUAAUUCUACCGUUUGAUUUACAAAAAACAGAUAUGUUUAUUCGCUCCACUCUCAUACUUCAAUAUCUCGCCCAUUCCCCAGAUGAAGAUGAUGUCCUGGAGUAAACUGACACGUUCAUAACUCCGUAUAUUUAGUCGGCAGUUUAUUCAAGUGUUCGAACUGUUUUCAAACAUAAACCUUAUUAAAUACGUUUUAUUCAAAACAAAUACCAUUCAGUAAUUCGGUAAAUUUACCCGAAUGACGUUGACAGAAACUGAUCAUCAUAGAAUGUUUUAUGUUUACUGAAGAUUUAUUGCAUUUUUGAACCAUUA